GAUAAUUCCACCUCCGGCAUGUACAGUGAACAUCGCCUGCCCAAGUCCUGCCUCCAGUCAAGACACUACGCACCAUGUCAGAUUUAGCCGACACGCCUCAUGAGCCAACCUCUGCACAGUCAGUUUUUGCCGAAACUACGAAUACCACCAACUCGACCGACGCGCACGACGAACAGAGCCGCAGCUCGACCAACGGCGAUUCGUCAGCACCAGCACCAGCACCAGCUUCAGCGUCGACAUCACAUGCACCCAAGAGCAAGUCAGGCUGGGAUGGCAAACUUAGAGUGGCUAAGCAGGCAACUCUGGCGAACCCAGAAGCCAUAGAAGAUUCGGACUACUCAGACGAGGAUGCACCACCUGCGGAACAGAUCGAAGCAGACGAAGACCUGCUGGAAGGCGAGGAUCCUGAUGUUGAGGAGAUUGAGCUCCUGCACUCCAAAAUCAGUUCGAUUGCUGCCCUCCAUCUUGAGCGCUUUACCCGUCUCAAGAGGCUAUGUCUGCGGCAGAACCAAAUCCAGAAGAUCGAACUGCCGGAUACAUGCAGAGGGCUGGAAGAGCUGGAGCUCUACGACAACCUGCUCAAGCACAUCGAAAAUCUCGAAGAACUCACCGAACUUACGACGCUGGACCUAUCGUAUAACAAGCUGAAGCACAUCAAACGCAUCGCCGCGCUCACGAAGCUCGACCAUCUCUAUUUUGUGCAAAAUCGAAUAUCGAAAAUUGAAGGGCUGGAGACGCUCACGAACUUGACCUACCUCGAGCUGGGUGCCAACCGCAUAAGAGAGAUUGAAGGACUGGAAACAUUGACGAAGCUCACAAGUCUAUGGUUGGGCCAGAACAAGAUUGCAGAGUUGAAGGGAUUGGGCACACUAUCAAACUUGCGAUCACUGAGCAUACAAGCGAACCGACUUACGUCGCUGAACGGGAUCGAAUCCAUACCGCAGAUUACCGAGCUGUAUGUGUCGGACAACAAGAUCGAGUCAUUGGAGCCAGUGAAAGCAUGUACGAGACUUGAGAUUCUUGACUUUCAGUCAAACCCUAUCCGCUCACUCAAAGGGUUGGAAGAUCUGCAGAGUCUCGAGAAUGUCUGGGCGAGCAAUUGCCAGAUUGACAGUUUCCAAGAAGUGGAAAGAGCACUCAAGGAUAAAGAGAAGUUGGAGGAGGUCUACUUUGAGGGCAACCCGUUGCAGAGGAGUAACCCAGUGCUGUACAGGAAUAAAGUGAGACUGGCUCUGCCUCAAAUUACUAAAAUCGAUGCUGCCUAUGUCAAGGCUACUUGAGCAGGAGGGGAAUAGCAGUCCAGACGACGACAAACUCGAUGAGAUGAUACUCGGGUUAAAUCCUGCGCGCCUUCUUCGGCCACAGGAUGCAUAGUCUAC